ACUGACACGUGUGUCUACAUUAUAACUAAAUUCGCUAUCGUAGCUGAAUAAUCGAUUUUGCAAUUUUUACAUAAAUUACGCAAAUUGCGCGAAAGUAUGUGUAAUUAUCAGUCUUUUCUACGUAAAACGUUAAUGUUAUUACUUUUAUUACUAUUAAUCGUGUAUAACUUAUGUAUAUAUGUUUGCAUGUAUGGAUUUUUUAUAUAAUCAGAAAUAUUAUAAUCUCUCUUUUUUUCUCUCGUACACACGUACUUUACAUAUACGGAUAUACAAUAGAGAUAAAAAUAUCUUAAUUUCUAGAAAAUAAAUUUAAUAAAACGUUUUUCUAUAGGGAGAUGUAUUUAGCGGACUAUAAUAAAUUCGGCGAUAGAAGUUUCUAUUGUACGAAAUUUCAUUAUAGAUAGGGAGAUAUUGACAUGAAUAAUUCCCGAACGGGUAAUUUGCGCAUCAAUAGGAAACUCCCUUGUAUGUGUUCAUAGUGACGUAAUGCUACAGUAUCUCGCGCGUUUUCCCGCGUGACGUAAGAUCAGGCCUGUCCAACAUUUUGCUCACUAAAUGCUUCCAUUCUUUAUCUCAUUAAAGAAAAUAGAAAAAAAAAUGAAAACGGAUACGGAUAUUAAAGCUCUCUCUAAAGUCCAGGAUGAAAUGAAAGCAUUUACCUCGCGAGCAAAAUUUGGAUAGGCCUGAUUUAAACGUAACAUGUGCCAACAUUGUUAAAAUAUGUGAAAUUUGCUUUACAAUAAAUUUCAUGUGCCACUAGUAAGCUUCGGCAUAUUGAAUUGUUUCAAAUGCAUCACAAAGAUUUCAGAUGUUUCGAUUAUUAUUUAAAACUUUUUAAAGGUCAUGAAGAUUUUAUAAUAUGUUCCAUUGCGAGGUGUUCAAUGAAAAAAGAACAAUAGAUUUAUAUGUAUCAUGGUACUCGUAGGAUUAUAGGAGGAAGUAUACAUUUUGGCAAGGAGUGAACGGAGGAAUGGGUAGGUGGCACAGGUGGUGACAUGAUGCAAUUUGGUCCCUAACGUCUGAUAAUCAUCCAGUUCGAGGGCAGGUCUGAUACCAUCGUCAUAAUGAAUCGAGAAAACGAAGAACAGCGACCGGUCCCCCAAACGCUGUGCGGAGCGCUGCAAAAGGAGCCGAAUUGUAAAUGUUUAGUGUUGACAGUUCUUAUAUAUGGCUGUCUCGCGGCAGUAACGUGGUGUAGAUGUGCCAAUGUUAUCAAAAUUAUGGUCAACUACACUAAAUACCCCAUCAGAAGUACAAAGCAUGUAUCAUCACCCUGCGACGACGGCUAUAUAUAUAUUCCGGUGGCAUUUAUGGGGAUGCUGUAUCUGGUUUAUCUGGUAGAGUGUUACCAUUCGCCAAUCAGAAUCGAUUUACUGCAUGCAGAGAGCCAGGACAGCGUGCUGUCCAAAUUGGCGCAGCUAAAGAUGCUCGCCGUACAGGUCUACUACGAGAGGGUGAACACACACUCGGCCACCACCCACUACUAUUAUGACUAUUGUGGAGUCAAGGACAUCAGUAAGGAACUGAUACUCGAGCCAAAGAUACAGAUCACGAAGAUUAUGCUUACCAAGGGAUUCGCAUUUUCGAACAUAAGAGCCGCCACGGAAUUUGAGGAGGCACGAUCACGAUUUUUCGCAGAACAGGAACUUAGUGAUGACUACAUGGAAAUGAGAGAAGGUCUCGAUCUCGGAUAUAAUGUUAACACGAUGUUAGUUGCCGUUCUUGGUAACCCGUGGUUCACAAAUCGUUACGUUUAUUGGUGUUUAAGCGCCUUACUUCUUAGUUGGCCGUUACGAGUAAUCAUCGAAUAUAAAACACAAUACGCUGAUUAUCAGGUCACCAAGCUUUUUGGCGUAAAUUACGAUACACCGAUCUCCGGCGAACCUAUCCACGCAUCUAUGAGCCAGCUGAGCCAGCCGGGUUCCUACAUGCUCGCGCCCAGUUACAGCGAAGCGUUGCUGAUGGAACCAGCAACGCCUCGCAAUAACGAGCCGGAACAGAGACAAGAACCUUGGCAAACUCGUGGAGAGACAAACGUCGCGACGGAUAUGGUACCCAGCUAUUCGGAGGCGCUUCUCUACGAGCGUGCCGAACAGUGCGAUCGUCGGAACGCGAUCGCGACUAAUGCCGGCACUGAAAGCGCGACCGAUGCAGCAACAUCUUAUAACGCAAAUUUCGUUGAUCUGAAUAGACAAGUGUUAUCGCCGAUGCCAUGCGAAUGUCACUGCCCUUGUCCGUGUCACGGAAACACGAGUGGCUAUGAGAGUAGAAUGGACGAGCGCAGUUACGCUGAGAUUAUGACCAGCAGAGAACACCUGCCGAUCGGCAGUCCGCUGAUAACGGGCAUCGAAGCUAACGAUACCUUUGAAAGUGAAUUAGCAAUGCUACGAACGACUGCCGACGGUCGAUUGCGUCCCCCCACAAGUGUGACUCCACAUUCCAUGAACGACAUCGACGCGUCUCCAAGUAGGUGCAGCAGUUGUGGUAGAAUUUCCGCCAGUACGCAAACAAUCAACGUUGACGUCCUUCCUCGUGUUAUCGCGAGGAACAAGCCCGGCGAAGGGCCCUCGCAAAUUUCAUCGGGAGAUUUUAUUCCCGGCACAAUGCCCGGAAGAGAGCACGGGGCUAUUCCCCGUGACAUUUCCGAACCUAAUUUAAGAUCGCGAUCGGAAUUGGAUACGCUCCCUAAAGGCAAUGUCAGGAGCCUGGAGAACAUACUUGAGAACGAAGAAGAACAAUUAGGAGGUAGAGUUGGUAGAAUUGGUAGAGUUGGCAGAGUUGACAGUGCUGACAGAGCUGGUAGAAUUGACACAGUUGGCAGAGACAGCUCCGCCAACGUGCAGACGAAUAUUCCUUUCUAUGAAAGGCAGCACCCUUCUUUGGUCGAACGCCAGAGGAGAUUCCCGGCCUCCCGUCCGCCCCCUUUGAGUCACCAUCGUUCCCUUUCUCUCGACGAGACGACCGUUUCCCCGAGAAACAUGGGGGCCAUUCCAAAAACCGAGCCAGGAAUACUGAAUCGUAGCAGGAUCGUGGUGAAUCCUAUGUCGAACGAGGCCUGCUGGAAGUUACCCAAUUCGAAGACGUACUUCUGCUUAAAGUCGAUCCUGAAACAAAACAGGCGCAGGUACACAUUAGUCACCAUGGAUGAAUUCCAGAAUUUUGCCGAACAGGAUGCUAAUCAUGGUCCCGGGCACAUUGGUAGUUCCGACAAAGGCGAGAAGAGCGAUGUUCAAGCCGAUAAAUUGGGCGAUCGUCCACGCUCAAGAGAGAGGCUGAAUCCUAGAAGGAGGAUGCCAUCGUUCGAGGAAUUCGUAGCAGAAAGAGAUAAAAUGUAUUUCAGUGAUCCGAAACGGGAAAAUACCAGAACGCUCAUUUUCGCCAGUCCAAUACAAGAAGUCUUCCCUGGCGAUCCUUUCGGCGGCAAGGAUUUUGUGCCAGUAAGAAAUUUAAGAGGGCACAAUGUCAAAGAGGAUCCUGCAAACGAUUCGGCGAUGCUUGCUCGGCCAAGCCGACCUCCAGCCAUUCGGGACGCAAGAUGUUUUCCAGCAAGCAAUUAUACCAGAAAUCAAUUUCGGCCCGACAGUGCCACAUGUUCACACGCCAUGCAUCUUCCAUCCUAUCCCUACGAAAGGGAACUUCAGUAUCUUUUACACAGCAGACAGCACGGACUUGAGCAGACUACGGGUAUCCCUGGUAGAGCGGAAGAGACGCCGCGUGCGUAUCGACACGACAGCGUUUCGCUUCCUUCCUACGACAGAUCGUUGUCCGAACGCGCAAACAGAUGGUCAACGAGUUCGAACGAGUACGACGAUAGACCUCGCGAAAAUCAUCCGGCCAACCCGAGAUAUUUAUCGAACAGAAGACGCCACGCCGGUUUAACCAGAUCGCUCACCGAGAGACGUCCAAAGGUCGCACGUCUUGACAGGAACUUCCGAAGAAGCUUUACAGGCAGGGUGGAGGACUACAGAACGGAAAACGCCAGACGGAUGAAUUUUAGCAUAGAGACAUCGUUGUAAUGAGUGCUGAUUCUCGGAGUGCCAAUUGCACCGAUCUCGAUUAGACGCAACCGUGGUUAAUAUUUCUGCUGCGCAUUCUUUUUUUAAUCUAAACCAUAAAAUAUUCACGGAAAUAGUCUCCAUGGAAGGUUGACUGUUUUUAAAUAAGUUGUUAAUAAUAAGUCAUAACUUAACUUUUUUUUAUAAGU